GGUAGGGUGGCCCAACCCCCGACACUUCCUCGUCCCCGGCGCGGUCCUCCGCCCCGGCCGGGAGCCCGCGGAGUUCUGAGAGCCAGAUUCUGGCCGCGGCCCAUAACCUGUCCCUGGACCCGGGGCCGAGCGCGGAGAGCGGGGCGCUGUGUCCCAAGAUCCCCACCCUCAGCCAAGUGGGCACCACGGCAGGGGUGGAGCCACCCUCAUGGAAGGGAGAGGACCAUACCGGAUCUACGACCCUGGGGGCGGCGUGCCUCCAGGAGAGGCUUCCGCAGCUUUUGAGCGCCUAGUGGAGGAGAAUUCCCGACUGAAGGAAAAAAUGCAAGGGAUAAAGAUGUUAGGGGAGCUUUUGGAAGAGUCCCAGAUGGAAGCAUCCAGGCUGCGGCAGAAGGCCGAGGAGCUGGUCAAGGACAGCGAGCUGCUGCCACCGCCAUCUCCCUCUUUGGCCUCCUUUGACCACUUGGCUGAGCUCACAGGAAAGGAGGCAGAUGUCCCAGCAGCCCCUGCUGACCCUGCACACCCCAGCAACAAGGCAGAGCUGGUCCAAAAACCUCCAUCCAGUGGCACCUCGUCUGAAUUUGAAGUGGUCCCCGCCGAGGAGCAGAAUUCUCCACCGGCAAGUGGUGGCCAAGCCAGAAACACAAUGGAGUUGGGCCCCCUGCCCCACGAGGACACCAACCUGAUGCUGCACCUGCAGCGCCUGGAGACCACCUUGAGCGUGUGUGCCGAGGAGCCGGACCACAGCCAGCUCUUCACCCACCUGGGUCGCAUGGCCCUCGAGUUCAACCGGCUGGCGUCCAAGGUGCACAAGAACGAGCAGCGCACCUCCAUCCUCCAGACCCUGUGUGAGCAGCUUCGGAAGGAGAAUGAGGCCCUGAAGGCCAAGCUGGACAAGGGCCUGGAGCAGCGGGAUCAGGCUGCCGAGAGGCUGCGGGAGGAAAACAUGGAGCUCAAGAGGUUGUUGAUGAGCUGCGGCAAAGAGGAUACCUGUGGGCAGCUGGGCUUCCCAAAGACGGAAGGCGCAGGCAAGAAGGGGGUGGCCGGACAGCAGCAGGCUUGUGUGACAGCAGGUAAGAUCCCAGAGGUCGGGGCCUUGGGUGCAGCCGAGAAGAAGGUGAAAAUGCUGGAGCAGCAGCGCACAGAGCUGCUCGAAGUGAACAAGCAGUGGGACCAGCAUUUCCGGUCCAUGAAGCAGCAGUACGAGCAGAAGAUCACCGAGCUGCGCCAGAAGCUGGCGGACCUGCAGAAGCAGGUGACUGACCUGGAGGCUGAGCGGGAGCAGAAGCAGCGUGACUUUGACCGGAAGCUCCUCCUGGCCAAGUCCAAGAUUGAAAUGGAGGAGACCGACAAGGAGCAGCUGACAGCGGAGGCCAAGGAGCUGCGCCAGAAGGUCAAGUACCUGCAGGAUCAGCUGAGCCCACUCACCCGGCAGCGGGAGUACCAGGAAAAGGAGAUCCAGCGGCUCAACAAGGCCCUGGAGGAAGCACUGAGCAUCCAGGCCUCCCCCUCCUCUCCACCAGCUGCGUUUGGGGGCCCAGAAGGAGCUGGUGGCCUCCUAAGGAAACAGGAGCUGGUCACGCAGAACGAAUUGCUGAAACAGCAGGUGAAGAUCUUCGAGGAAGACUUCCAGAGGGAGCGCAGUGAUCGAGAACGCAUGAAUGAGGAGAAGGAAGAGCUGAAGAAGCAGGUGGAGAAACUACAGGCCCAGGUCACCCUGUCCAAUGCCCAGCUCAAAGCAUUCAAAGAUGAGGAGAAGACAAAAGAAGCCCUCAAACAGCAGAAGAGGAAGGCAAAGGCCUCAGCGGACCGUUACCACAUGGAGCCCCACCCAGAACACCUCUGCGGGGCCUAUCCAUACGCCUACGCACCCAUGCCAGCCAUGGUCCCACACCACGGCUUUGAGGACUGGUCCCAGAUCCGCUACCCCCCGCCCCCCAUGGCCAUGGAGCACCCGCCCCCACUCCCCAACUCACGCCUCUUCCAUCUGCCAGAAUACACCUGGCGGCCGCCCUGUGGAGGGAUGCGCAAUCAGAGCUCCCAAGUGAUGGACUCGCCCACAGCCAGGCCUGCGGAACCAGAGUCUACGAAAAAUGACCGUGAGGGGCCUCAGUGAGACCAGAUUAUGUCACUUGGCUCCACCUUCGUCUUGCCAGAGCCACCUGAUCUCAGAUUACUGAAAAACUAGAGGCCACGUUCUGUAUGCAGCCAGCGCCCCGGCCGGAUGGGAGGCUGAUGGGCCACCAGCUCGUGCCCCAGCCCGACCUGAACUGUUCACAGACUGGAGAGGCUCCACCCAGAAGGCUUCCAUCUGGGGCCCCUCCUGUGGAGUGGCCAGGAGAAACUCGCCACCCUGCCACCAAGUGGAGAGAGGCCUCAUCUGACUCUGACCUGCCAUGCUUUGCAGAAGCGCUGGGGGACGUCAGUCUCAAGAGUGGGGUCCAGCUGAGACCCCUUCCUUUCAAAACUUCCCCAGAAGUGGUUGCAGCCCCUCUGGGGACCACGUUCAGUUCAUGUGUGUGUUUGAUUUUCGCUUCAAGCUCUGUAGCAGCAGGACCUGCCCCAUGCCCAUCCCUUCCCCUCUGAGGAGCUGCAGGAAGGGCAGGUUUGCCCCCGGACACAGAAGAGAAUGACGGGGUGUUCCGUUGCAGGGCCCUCCACCUCCACCCACCAGCCUUGCUGGUGCCAUGACAGCCUGGGAUGAAGGCCACGCCAGUCACAUGCGCUGAGGGGCCCACCGUGAAGCUACCAGAGCCCCGGCCCUGCAGCUGGAGGCUUGUGGUGUCAGAGGCCCAGAACAGGGUGGCUGGCUGUCCCUGGGCAGCUGUUUGCACGAACCUUGGACAUAAAUCCAAGUUGAAGAUCA